AUGACUAAAUAUAAUUUUUUCAAGAACAUCUGGCAGAAUUCAAAGCGAACAAGAACAGGCGUUGAUGGAUCUGAGAAGACUGUACAAGAAGAACGAGGAGAUGAAAUACCCGCCACACCACCGCCGCAAUAUACCGAUGUUCAUUCAAAAGACGACAGCAAAGAUUCCCUACCCAACGGCAAUACCAGUUAUCCACUUUUGACCGAAGUCAGUCAUCAGAGCAGAUAUCAAAGACGCAGCCGACUCUUCUCGUUCCUCAUGGAAAUAAUAGCUGUCACAUUCUCGACAGACUGUCAGGAACUCAAAAAAGCCUUAAUAAAGAUCAAUCCUGACUGGGCCGACCUCUCAUGUACCGAUGAUUCCUCUUCUGUCGCAAAUGACAAAGGUAGAGCCAUGAUCACAGAACUCUCCGCUCUUAUUCAAGACCUACAGAAGGAUCUGAGUUAUGGUCGCUGGCCCUUAGUCCGUGGGCGGGAUAAAGAUCUUAUCAAAAAGACCGUGUUGGAGCCUGUCCAAGACUGGGGUAUAAAUCUUGACUUUGUUCUAGAAGUCAUAGGCCGGUACAAGCGUGUUGAAGGUUGCCGUGGACCAGAAAGCACGCUGGUCGAGUUUUGGAUGCUAUCGUCGACUAGCACGGACCUAGGUGAUACAUUAGCAUCGCAUGUUUUACUUGUUCAAUCUCUCGGAUUGGACACGGAGCUACGCCUUAUAUUGGAGGAUUCUAUCGCCGCGUACCAGAAAGAGAAAGGAUUAGGAAAGCGUCGUACUUCAAAGGAAUUGCAAGAGGAAUAUAUGUGCUCCCCAGCGAUGACAUGCUGCUGGCCGCUGAGCGAUGUAUACAUGGAUCUAGCCAGAGUAUUGAGGGGCUUUCAAACAAGCGGCGAGAUGCAUGAUCCUUUCGGGCCGAGCCGGACAAGACUGACUGCGAGUAGGGCGAAAGCAUCGUGA